GACUUUGGCCAGCUGGCUGUGGAACUCUUGGACCAGUCCUACAAGCAGGAUGAGCAGCUGGCCAUGAAACUGCUGACGUAUGAGUUGAAGAACUGGAGCAAUGCCACAUGCCUGCAGCUGGCUGUGGCUGCCAAGCACCGUGACUUCAUUGCACACACGUGCAGCCAGAUGCUGCUUACUGACAUGUGGAUGGGCCGGCUCCGCAUGCGCAAGAACUCGGGCCUCAAGGUAAUUCUGGGAAUUCUACUUCCUCCUUCAAUUCUCAGCUUGGAGUUCAAGAACAAAGAUGACAUGCCCUAUAUGACUCAGGCCCAAGAAAUUCACCUCCAAGAGAAGGAGCCAGAAGAGCCAGAGAAGACCACAAAGGAGAAAGAUGAAGAGGACAUGGAGCUAACAGCGAUGUUGGGGCGAAACAAUGGGGAAUCAUCCAGAAAGAAGGAUGAAGAAGAAGUCCAAAGCAGGCACCGGCUAAUCCCCGUGGGCCGAAAAAUCUAUGAGUUCUACAAUGCACCCAUUGUGAAGUUCUGGUUCUAUACUCUGGCAUACAUCGGCUACCUGAUGCUCUUCAAUUACAUCGUGUUAGUGAAGAUGGAGCGCUGGCCUUCCACUCAGGAAUGGAUCGUCAUCUCCUACAUCUUCACUCUGGGAAUUGAGAAGAUGAGAGAGAUCCUGAUGUCAGAGCCUGGCAAGCUGCUGCAGAAGGUGAGGGUGUGGCUGCAGGAAUACUGGAACGUUACCGACCUCAUCGCCAUCCUUCUCUUCUCGGUGGGCAUGAUCCUCCGACUUCAAGACCAGCCCUUCAGGAGCGACGGGAGGGUCAUCUACUGUGUGAACAUCAUUUAUUGGUACAUCCGCUUGCUAGACAUCUUCGGCGUGAACAAGUAUCUGGGCCCAUAUGUAAUGAUGAUUGGGAAAAUGAUGAUAGAUAUGAUGUACUUUGUCAUCAUUAUGCUGGUGGUACUGAUGAGCUUUGGGGUCGCCAGACAAGCCAUCCUCUUUCCCAAUGAGGAGCCGUCUUGGAAACUGGCCAAGAAUAUCUUCUACAUGCCAUAUUGGAUGAUUUAUGGGGAAGUGUUUGCAGACCAGAUAGACCCCCCCUGUGGACAGAAUGAGACCCGAGAAGAUGGCAAGACAAUCCAGCUACCUCCAUGCAAGACAGGAGCAUGGAUUGUGCCGGCCAUCAUGGCCUGCUAUCUCUUGGUGGCAAACAUCCUUCUGGUCAACCUCCUGAUUGCGGUCUUCAACAAUACGUUUUUUGAGGUAAAGUCGAUAUCCAACCAAGUCUGGAAAUUUCAGAGGUACCAACUCAUCAUGACAUUCCACGAGAGGCCGGUUCUGCCCCCUCCGCUCAUCAUCUUCAGCCACAUGACCAUGAUAUUCCAACAUGUGUGUUGCCGGUGGAGGAAACACGAGAGUGACCCAGAUGAAAGAGACUACGGCCUGAAACUCUUCAUAACUGAUGAUGAGCUCAAGAAAGUCCAUGAUUUUGAAGAGCAGUGCAUAGAGGAGUAUUUCAGAGAGAAGGAUGACCGCUUCAACUCAUCCAAUGACGAGAGGAUACGGGUGACGUCAGAAAGGGUGGAGAACAUGUCCAUGAGGUUGGAGGAAGUUAACGAGCGAGAACACUCCAUGAAGGCGUCACUCCAGACCGUGGACAUCCGUCUGGCUCAGCUGGAGGACCUCAUUGGACGCAUGGCCACAGCCCUAGAGCGCCUGACGGGUCUGGAGAGGGCGGAAUCCAACAAGAUCCGCUCAAGGACCUCCUCAGACUGCACAGAUGCAGCCUACAUCGUCCGCCAGAGCAGCUUCAAUAGCCAGGAGGGGAACACCUUCAAACUUCAAGAGAGUAUAGACCCUGCAGGUGAGGAGACCAUGUCCCCAACUUCUCCAACCUUAAUGCCCCGUAUGCGAAGCCAUUCUUUCUAUUCAGUCAAUGUGAAAGAGAAAGGUGGGAUAGAAAAGCUGGAAAACAUUUUCAAAGAAAGGUCCCUGAGCUUACACCGAGCUACUAGCUCCCACUCAGUAGCAAAAGAACCCAAAGCUCCUGCAGCCCCUGCAAACACCUUGGCCAUUGUUCCAGACUCCAGAAGACCCUCUUCAUGCAUAGACAUCUAUGUCUCUGCCAUGGAUGAGCUCCACUGUGACAUAGACCCUCUGGAUAGUUCCAUGAACAUCCUUGGGCUGGGCGAGCCAAGCUUUUCAACUCUAGCACCUUCCACAGCCCCUUCAAGUAGUGCCUAUGCGACCCUCGCACCGACAGACCGACCUCCAAGCAGGAGCAUUGAUUUUGAAGACCUCACCUCCAUGGACACUCGUUCUUUUUCUUCAGACUAUACCCACCUCCCAGAAUGCCAAAACCCGUGGGACACAGACCCUCCAACGUACCACACCAUCGAGCGUUCGAAGAGUAGCCGCUACCUAGCCGCCGCACCCUUUCUCCUAGAAGAGGCCCCCAUUGUAAAAUCCCAUAGCUUUAUGUUUUCUCCUUCAAGGAGUUACUAUGCUAACUUUGGGGUGCCCGUGAAAACAGCAGAAUACACAAGUAUUACCGACUGUAUCGACACAAGAUGUGUCAAUGCCCCUCAAGCGAUUGCUGACAGAGCCACCUUCCCCGGAGGUCUCGGAGACAAAGCAGAGGACUUAUCUUGUUGCCACCCUGAGCGAGAGGCAGAGCUGAGCCAUCCUAGCUCUGACAGUGAGGAAAAUGAGGCCAGAGGCCGGAGAGCUGCCAAUCCCAUCUCCUCUCAGGAGGCUGAAAAUGCAGACAGAACCCUAUCCAACAACAUCACAGUUCCCAAGAUAGAGCGCGCUAACAGCUACUCAGCAGAGGAGCCAAGUGCGCCAUAUGCACAUACCAGGAAGAGUUUCUCCAUCAGUGACAAGCUUGAUAGACAGAGGAACACCUCAAGCCUCCGAAAUCCCUUCCAGAGAAGUAAGUCCUCCAAGCCGGAGGGCCGAGGGGACAGCCUCUCCAUGAGGAGAUUGUCUAGAACAUCAGCAUUUCAUAGCUUUGAGAGCAAGCACAACUAAACCCUCUUACCACGUGUUGCAGGAGGCUCGAGAAUCCAGCACUAAAACUCUCCCCAUGUCCACCCUUUCCCACCACUUCCUUGAGUUAUAUUCGCUUUACUCUUAGCUGAGCAAAACAAUGCCUUGGGAGAUGUUAACUCAAAGGUAACCUCUGGGCCGCAGGUCAAGCAAGCAUUCCGUCUGGCCCAGUGCCAAACACAGGGUUUUCUGGCAUGUUCACACGUGUUGGGAAGGGAGGGGAAAAGAGGAGAGAAAGGGUUUAGAGAUGGAUGCGUGUCACCAGGCGCCACAGAAAGCCAUGAGCUCUGGGGAACAAACAAGCUCAGGCGCUCUCCCUGAAAGCAGGCAUCUUGGGACUUCUGCCCUGUUAUCCAGAGUUGAGGAGACAGGGCUAAAUUACAAAAUAAGAUAAAAUAGCCAGCAUGCAAGAUGAGAUAUUCUAAACUUCCAUUCUGUUUUCUUUUUACAUUGGUUCCAUCACUGGUGACUGAUGAAGAACAUCCCUUUUAUUCAGUAUAAGCCGGCAGCAAGCAGUUCUACCUAACGUCCCACAUCCUUCUCAUGCCAACACUUCUGUAAUUGGUCAUUAUAAAGAAAAACAAGGUAACAGUCGUAUAUACAGUUCGCCUGUCUCUUAUAUAUUCACUUCUGGUGCCACAGCUGUCUAUCUCUUUAGAAGAAAAUAAGGGAACAGAAAUGCCUUUUUUUUUUUCCUUUUUGUCUUGCAAUCGAAAUGAAAGAAGAGUUGAUGUUGGAAGCAAGAGUGAUAUGAUUUAUAAUAUACCAUGGGCAACCAAGUGUAUAGUCAAGCAAGCUCAGGACGAAUGUAAUUAGAUAAUUUUAUAUUUUUAAGUUAUUUUGUAUCUCACCUGUCAUCAGUGAAUUCACUCAUCAAAUACGUAAUGUUGAACUUUAAGAAAAACAGCGGUGGGAAGAGCUAACAUUAAGUUGCCAUGUGGGAUGUUGUUAUAGUCUCACCGUCCAUAGUAUGUGAUGCUGCUGUGUGGCCUUCUUCAUUUGCAUGUCUCCACUAUGUCCUCCGAGCACCUUCAAGAUGUAACUGCCAAACUCCCACACCAUUCAUCACAUGACCAUUUUGUAUUUGAACACAUGGUUAUAUGUGGGAUAUUUUCAUACCUAGAAUUUAGCCAUCGAAUCUGGGCUCAGCAUAAAUUUAAUCGGAGUUUUUCAAGGGCUGGUAUCUUUUUUAUGGAAAUGUUCCAAAGUACUUUUGUUUUGUUUUGCUUUUUUCCAAGACAGGGUUUCUUGUUUGUAACAGCUCUGGCUGUCCUGAAACUCGCUUUGUAGACCAGGCUGGCCUCAAACUCACAGAGAUCUGCCUGCCUCUGCCUCCCUAGGGUUGGGAUUAAAGGUUUGUGCCACCACUGCCUGGCCCCAAAGUAUAUUUUAAGGAAGUUUAAAAACCAUAAAUAAUCUUAGACUUGACUAGGGGCUUGACAUCCACCCAAAGCCAUCAGUUGCAGGCAGACCAUGAAUAUGUUUCUUAUUUACAAAGUUAUAAAAAAGGUAUAGAAGGCCAAAAGAGAAAGCAAAUAUAGCAUAUGCAGAGUUCUAUAGUUUAUGCUGUUUAUGUAUACGCACACAUGCACCGAUACAUGUUUAUAAACAGUAAUAAAGUAGACAGAGAAAUUUCUUAACAGGCUUGACUUCCUGUCAUCUGAAGGUAUAACCAAGAUUAUUUUUUAAUACUGAAGAAGUUUCAAUGGGAAAAAAGUUCAUUGUGCUAUUGGACCCACUGCUAAAAUUACAAUUUUUAGAAAAUCUCUGUCAUUUUAAUCUUUUCUUACACUGAACAAGAUCUCUGUCAAAAUGGCUCACCCUUGCCCUCUGCUUCCUCCUGUUUGGAAGCACGCACUAUUGUGACAUCUCCUUCACUCUGGUUUCUCUGACAGGAAGCUAUUAUAACCAAAUACGAUAUGAAUAGAUGUGUGAUUCCAAGCUAGUUUGUAUUACAUGGCCUAGAAUGGAGUCAUAAAUUUCUAGACCAGAAUCUAGAUUUGAAAUGGGAUGAGAAAAUCUCAACCACAAAACUUUGGCUUCCUAUUUGGAUCAUUGAAUAUUUUAAAAUAAUAAAGUCUUUAAGAACGCUAAUUUGGAGCCAGGAAUAGUAGUGAUGUAUAUCUGUGAUCCCAGUACUUGGAGAGAUGAGGCAGGAGGAUGAGGAAUUCAAAGUCAGCCUCACAUCAAGGUCAAGGCCAAUCUGGACUACCUGAGACCCUGUCACGAGAAAGGAAAGAAAGAAAAGAAAACAUAAAAAGAAAAAUAGUCUGAGCUAGGGCUGGGGCUCACUUCCUUAGCAUACUCAAGGCCUUGUGUUCCAUACCCAGUAAGGGGGUGGGGGAAGAAGAAGGAGGAAGGGAGAGAGGAAAAGCAGAAACAUGAUUCAUGUCCCUGGCCCCACAUGCUCUCUGGUUCUUUUAACUGUAGUGGUAUCUCAUUUGGUGACAUCAAGUCAAUUCCUUACAAAACCUCUAGUCUUUAACUAUAUAUAUAUAUAUUUUAAAGAACCAAGGUUUUCAUUCUAAAACAAGCGGCAAGCUCACAUACAUGUAGAAUCAGUUUUCGUCCUUAGUAUUUCCGAAACACCCAACCUCUUUGUUGAUAACUAUGCUGGAGACACAUCCUUAUUGAUCUCUCUCCCAAUGGACAUGCAUUGAAUCCGAGAGUAAAUCAUUUGACUCUAAGCUUCCUUGAGCCGUGAGUCCCUGUUAGAACCUCACGGAAACCUUGAGCCCUCUCACCCCCCAAGUUCACAUCCAUGUGAAGCUGCAAUGUAACUUUCAGGGGUUCAUGACUCCCCUGGUUCCACAGUGGCUGAUGAGGACAGAGACCAUGUUCAUCAGCAUUCAAGCGGAAACAGGCACCAUACACUUUUAGACCAUUUCCCUGUGAUUCUUUGGAAGGCCAUGUCUCUGCGCUUCUGUUCCUUAGAGUAGAGACGGUUAGCUGGAUGUGCUUGGGCCGCUUUCAUGACUUUGAUUAGCAAGGAUUCUCAAAGGCAGAGACUGAGGGAAUCCAUGGAGAAGUCCAAGGAAAUGAGUUGGUCAUCUGUGACCACAGGGCAGGUGCCAAGCACUGUGAGACCUGGCUUGGGACCUCAUUGGAAGCAAGGGAGAGAAAGGACAAGCCUAAGUGUCUCUGUUUGUUGUGAUCACCUGAGAGAAAGAACGUGACCUGGGAAAGGAAACACUUAACAGUCCUGAGCUUUUGUUCUGCAUGAACAUGCUAGCCUCCUUGGUGAAGUGUGUGGAAUCUUUAAGCCAAAUGUAAACAACUUCAGACUCAAACUGUGUAGGCCUCAUAAGCCAUCACUUUCCUGUACGUGUGUGUGUGUGUGUGUGUGUGUGUGUGUGUGUGUGUGUGUGUGUGUUCGUUCUUUUCAGUCCCAUCUCUUCCCAUGUCUGGGUUCUCUGCACCAGUGUGGCAUCGAUUCUGUGGCCUUGUACAGACUGCUUGUGUUCAGCUCAUUCGUCCCAUCAUGUCCCUGAUGGAGGGGACCUUAAUACAUGCCUCGUGAAUCAAGCAGCUGAUGAGCAGCCGGUCAUUGAAGACCAUACAUACAUAAAGUCAUAGAGGGCUCAAGAAAGAGAUAGCUUAUUUAAUCGUCUGCUUCAUAGGUGCCAAUUUUUAUAUACUGCGAUGUGUAAUGAUUUGUUCUAAAUUGCUUGCUUGUUCCUUUUGGGGAAGAAAUGAUGGAUGUUUUAUAAAAAAAAUGGCCAUAUUUUCUAUUUACAGUUAGAAACUGAUAGAUUUGAAUGGAGUGCUAGAAUGCAAGAGGGUAGUUGUCAUGGCCAGUUGUGUUUCUGCAAGUCAAAGGAGGACAGUCGGAGUGCGGCACUUUAGAGACCUGGGUGUUUCUUUAAUGUUGAAGCCUCCAGGGCCAGCUAUUAUUUAGCACUUUGAAAGUUCCCCCUUUGAAAAAAAAAUAUAUAUAUACAUAUACCAGAAUAAUGAAAUGGGGGGAGGGGCACUUGUGAAAACACAAAAUGUGUUUCUUCUGAAUGUUACAAAUGUAUUUUAAAAUCCGGUUUCUAUAGAUAACAUUAUGGUAGAUCACUGGAUAGUACGUUUCUUUUUGUCUUCCUGCAGCUGUACAGUCUAAUCUCCCUGGAUGUUUGGGCUGUUUGAUUUCCUUAAAGAUAAUAUUAUCCAGUUAUCCAUCAUGCUCUAUCUAUAGGCUAUGCCGUGUGACAUGUUGGGCAAUGCUGUACUAUAAAACACAUGUAAACCUAUCUGUAACCUGUGUCUAACCCAGCAUAGCUGUAGCAUGUGGUUGUACUAAUGAACGUCACAGAACCGCUUUCUACUCAUUUAUAAAUCUGUAACAUUCAAUAAAGAAGCACAUGUGGCAAGGAUUGAUGACGUUCCCAUGUCCGUGUUCUUUAGCAGCCUCUGACCAUGGGCGUUUUUGUUCUGGGUCCUCAUUAUGUUGCCUCUAUUCCUCGGACUACUAUACAAUGUUUGUAUAAGCCGAUGGACAUCCUCUACCAGGUCCUGCUAGCUGUGAGAGGCAGGGUUUGGUUGUGUGAUGGACAAGCUGGCAUGUUAUGCAAAAAUACUAUAUAACCAAUGAACUUAAAUAUUUUUAAACUCCUGUUGAAUCAGCUGUUUGUUUAUGUCUGCUGACCCUGUGUGGAAGCAGUGUACAGUAUUUGAUAAAUACGUUCAUCUGGUAGCGCUGUCUGUUCGAGAUCAAGUGAGGCUAACGUUUAGGCGGCUGUAUAUUUGGCCUAGAUGUUGCGUUCAACCCACUAAUCUUUCCAAAAGCGAUGUGACUUGUCUGAAGUAAUCCCUCCCCAAUCUAAGUCUUAAUUUUGUGCCAGCACAACGCAUGCUGUGCUUUAUGCACCAGUCUUGACUCUGUUUAGUGCACUUAACGUUUUACUCUUGUCUGCUGCAGUGCUUAAGACAGUUAGGGGCCCAGGCAAACUGUCGGGCUUCUUUAACUGCGGCUGCUUUCUGUUUUUAAAUAGUAAAACAAGUAAUCAAGGCUUCCUUUUUUCUUCCAGUUUGUACAGCUCUGAACAAAUAAUAUAACUAGAGUAUCCCCUGCAAGUUGCAAUAGCUAGGGCCCCAGAGAUGGCAAAGCAGCACCACUCUGGAGUCCCAAGGUCUAGGUGCCGGGGCAUCUGUAGCAUGAAAGACAUGCCUUGGAAUCUUUAGGGCUUUCUGCGUGCAAAUUGCUAAACCAGAGAUGAAAGCCAAGGGUCCAUGGUGACAGGACAGAAAUGCACAGAUGCUGUAAGUAAAUGGUCCCACGCUAGUGGACGAGGACCUCCCUUCUUGUCCUGUGGCUUUCACACCUGUGGGUGAGCUGGGCCCAGAGGUGGGAACGGGCAAUUGCUUGAUGAAGCAUCAGGUGACUCCAAAGAGUUUAUUCUUUAAAGAAAUCACGGUUCCAUGGCUAGAAACCAUUCAACAUCUGGAAAGGGAUGGAUCCAACUUGCACAGUCAAAAUGCUCCCAAAAUGAGCAGGGAAACCUUUCCUCUCCACCAGUUUUGCCCUGUGCUGUCUCUUGUGUCUACGAGUCAAGCAUCCUGUCUGUCAGAUUAGACUCAAUACAAGAGGGGUUGGUUCUGAUUAAAGAAGAACAACUUUUUCUUUUCUUUUUCAAAUUAAUUUCAGAGAGUGUUAAUGUCGCCUUUGCUCUCGUGGUCUCUUUGCUCUGAUUACUCCUAAUAAAAAUCAAGAUGUUCUGAUUUCUGUGUGUCAUCUAAGAGGGGAUGGAGGUGACCAAGUCACCCCGAUUAAUCAAAAGAAGUGGUUUGUUUCCUAACUUUUCUGGAGUAACUGGCCACCUUCUGCUGGCAGCACAUGAUCUCCGCACCGGCAGUGGGUAUGGAAAGUGAAACAAUAGACACCUAUGUAGAUGCCCAUAGACUCUGAUGGGCAUCAGUGCCAGCCAUGACUCUAGCCUCUGGGGGAGGCAGAUUCCUGAAGAAUGUGGGGUACAGGGGUCGCAGCCUUUUUUUUUUUUUUUGGUCCCUUUUCUUUCCUUUUCCUUACUGUCUAAAGCUAGCUCCUUUUUUUUUCUAUGUGUGUGAGACCAACAGACUCAUCCAUUACCUCAUAUGGACCCCAAAACAGUAACCCCAAACAUUGACUAAAUGGGAAAAGCCAGAUGUUCUGAAUUUGACUCAGGUCUGGUCUCCCAGCUGAUUUCCUCCCUCCACCCAAGUUCCUAAUGUGGCUACUGUGACAUCUGUCACAUCCGAAUCUGAAUUGCCUGACUGAAUCCUGAAAGGCUCUCUACAUCUUUACCCAGUCACCUGCCUCCCCAUGAAGGGAUUGCAAAUUCAAUCCAAGACCCAGAUCUAGAACACAAAGGAAUGGGCCUAGGAAAGACAAUGCAAGCAAGAUCUGUUGACCCUGAAAACAUGUAUGUCCCACAGAGAGGUUCAGAUGUGGGCUUUCGAGCCCUGUGCUAGCCCCCCAGGUAUCCGCAGCAGUGUUCUCAGUGGCCAUGUCUGGGGGCCUCUGAUUUGGAGCCAAGCAGGGUCUGAUCCAUGGUUCUCGCACAGAGAGCAAACACAUCAAAUACACUCAAGAACUUCGAGUUGGGAGAAGCAGCUCACCCUGUUUGGGGUGACUCGAAGAUGACUUCCAUGCAUGUGGAGAGCAUGUUUUACUGGAUCCAAACACAGGACCAGUGUGAGGGAGACUAUGGGGAAGGAUGUUGUAGCGUGUGAAGACUUAACCUGCUUCCUGUCACUGGAGUAUCUCACCUGAGUUUCUCCUGCUGCUACCAUUGUGUAAGUCAGUCCGUGUAGUCGGUACCCUACACUCAUAGUCAUUUCAUAAUGUAGUACUUAGACCGUCAUUUGUAAAUGAGUUAACUAUAGUUUAUAACGGGGGAAAUUAUUCAGACACCAUUUUUAAAUGAAUUCCUAUAAAUCAAUGAUUUUGAAGUUGGGUUUACUAAACAUACAUACAUCUUUUCUUCCUUUCAUGUAUGAUAGAAAGAGAUUUGCAUAUCUACUGACACCAAGUAUAUAUAAAUCCAGAGGCAUUGUUCUUUUUUAACGGUCUGUUAUUGGAUUCACAAUGCACUUUGAGCUUGUCUGUUUAGAUAUAUAAUUUGAAACAGAAGUUGGCAGAUGCCACAGGCAAAGAACUUUCUGGAAUUUCUGUAACAAAUGUUUUGCAAUAAAAAAAAAUACAAAUAGUUUAAAACAUGA